GCCUGCAGACCCCUCCAGCCCCACCGCGGCCGCCCUGACGCGCACUGCCCGGAGCGCCGCGCCGGCUGCUGUCGGGACUUUGACCUUCCCGAUGGCCACGGAGGCUGGCGGGGCGCAGGGCGCGACAUAACCGCCUGGGCCUGCGGCACCUCCAGGGCGCUCACACUUCGGUAACUUUGCAGAGCUCAUGGAUCUGAAGACCGUCCUGUCCCUGCCCCAGUACCCAGGGGACUUCCUGCACCCCGUGGUGUACGCGUGCACGGCCGUCAUGCUGCUCUGCCUCCUGGCCUCCGCCGUCACCUACGUCGUGCACCAGAGCGCCAUCCGGAUCAGCCGCAAGGGCCGGCACACGCUCCUGAACUUCUGCUUCCACGCGGCUCUGACUUUCACGGUGUUCGCGGGCGGCAUCAAUCGCACCAGGUUCCCCGUGCUGUGCCAGGCGGUGGGCAUUGUGCUACACUACUCCACGCUGUCCACCAUGCUGUGGAUCGGGGUGACCGCCAGGAACAUCUACAAGCAGGUGACCAAGAAGGCGCCACCGUGCGGGGAUGCAGACCACCCACCGUACCCGAGGCAGCCGCUUCUCAGGUUCUACCUCGUCAGCGGAGGGGUUCCAUUCAUCAUCUGUGGGGUCACGGCCGCCACGAAUAUCAGGAAUUAUGGGAUGGAGGACGAAGAGGCUGCAUACUGCUGGAUGGCCUGGGAGCCCAGCCUGGGCGCCUUCUACGGGCCGGCCGCCUUCAUCACGCUGGUCACCUGCGUGUACCUGCUGGGCACGUACGUGCAGCUGCGGCGCCACCCCGAGCGCAGGUACGAGCUGCGCGCACGGCCCGAGGAGACGCAGCGGCUGGCGGGGCCCGAGUGCGGCCCGCGGGUGGCCCGGCCCGGCUCGCCCCCCGCGCGCGGCGCCCCGGCGGCCUCGCUGCUGCAGAACGAGCACUCGCUGCCGGCCCAGCUGCGCGCCGCCGCCUUCACGCUGUUCCUGUUCGCCGCCACCUGGGCCUUCGGGGCGCUGGCCGUGUCGCAGCGCCACUUCCUGGACAUGGUCUUCAGCUGCCUCUACGGCGCCUUCUGCGUGACGCUGGGGCUCUUCGUGCUCAUCCACCACUGCGCCAAGCGGGAGGACGUGUGGCGGUGCUGGUGGGCCUGCUGCCGCCCAGCGCGGCCGCCCCCCGCCGGCGAGCUGGGGGCCCGCGCCGCGCUCCACGCCAAUGGGGACGCGCCGGGGCUCGGCCAGGGGCGGGGCUUCAGCCACGCGCCGGGCCACUGCAAGAUGACCAACCUGCAGGCCGCCCAGGGCCACGUCAGCUGCCUGUCGCCGGCCACCCCGUGCUGCGCCAAGAUGCACUGCGAGCAGCUGAUGGAGGACGAGGCCUGCGCCCACGUGCACGGGGACGACGCCUUCGGGCGUGACCCGCACCUGCACAGGUGCCUUAAGGGCAGAACUAAGCUGCACUACUUCAGCCGGCACCGCGGGGCGGCCGAGCCGGAGUACGCCUACCACAUCCCGUCCAGCCUGGACGGCAGCCCGCGCAGCUCACGCACAGACAGCCCCCCCAGCUCGCUGGAGGGCCCGGCAGGGGCACACUCGCUGGCCUGCUGUGCCCAGGGCGACCCCUUCCCCAUGGUGAGCCAGCCGGAGGGUGACGGUGCUGCCCUCUACGGCUGCCCCCCAAGGCUUGGCAGGGAGGCGGCCCUCGGCCCCAGCCACCUGGAGAUGCUCCGGAGGACACAGUCCCUGCCCUUCGGGAGCCCCAGCCGGGACGGGCUGCUCGAGGGCUCCCUGCGAGAGUGCCUGCCGUUCAGCACCGACCCAACGGGCAACAUCCGCACUGGGCCCUGGAAAAACGAAACUACGGUGUAGAUGGGGGGGGUGUCCCUGGAGGAGCUUCGGAGCAGUGUGGGGCCGUCUGCCACGUGAGGCCCGUGGGGUUCACCAAAGUGACCGAACCUUUCAGGAGUGGUUCCCACCUCCUAGCUGACCCCUUCCUCAUGAAAGACCCCCGCAGGGGAAGCGCUUGGGCCGCCCGCCUCUGCUGACCCCAAGGUCGGACUUGCCUGUCCCCUGCAGUCACCCGCUUUCUGUUCCGUGGUGUCCAAUACCGGGAUUCUGUCAAAGGAACCGCCCAGACCCAGGUGGCCCCGCACUGUGGCCAAGGCCUGGGGAGCCCUGGCCGCCCGCCAGCUGUCAGGCUGUGACCCAACCUCGGCAGGGGGCUCCGCCUGGUGUUUCGUGUGUGUCUUGGGUUCUGUUCCUGGCUGAGCAGCCCAUCUGCCCCGGCGCCGUGGCCCUGGGUGGUGGCUGCAGGCCUCCCCACUGUGCUGUGUCGGAGUUGCCUGUCAUCUUGGUUGGGGAACCCGCAGCCGCUCUGCCAGCUCGGCGUCCACCAUCAGCCUCGGUCCCGGAUGCAGCCCUGGCCCCCAGCAGGCCGGGGACAUCGCAGGUGCUGGGGGACGCCACUCUGGCACCACUGGGGAGAGGCCUUGGGGCUCCUGCCCUUGGAAGAUGCCCAGCGGUCUUUCCCGGAGACUCAACCUCCAAAUCCAGACCCCGUCAGGACUGGAUGCCUCUCCAGCGUGGGCACAGGGGAGCAAAUCGCUUCUGCUCCGGAAAGAAGAGGGGCUGGCAGGUUGUGGGGUUGUCACGGACAGAGUCACUUACCCUUUGUUGCAGCUCCAUGAACAUCUGGGCACAGAGCCCUGACUUGAAGGACAGAUGUCAAGACUUCUGUGAGAGCAGGUUGCCCGUCCCUCUGUGAGCGGUGGGAGCCCGUGUGUCCAGAGGGGCGUGAUUGUGAGGCUGUGCACAGCUCGUCCUUCCUCCCUCCUCCUCCCCCUCCCCGUCUGCGGCAAGUGUGCAUACGUGUGUGUAUACACACAUGCACGCACAGACAUGUGCACACCACGCACAUGCACAUGUGUUUUCUGGCCCCUCUGAGCACUGGAUUUACAUGGGGACGACGGCGUCCGCAGACUUGUCAGUGUGCUCUGCCCUCGGGAUGGGGGGUGGCCCCAGCGGGAGACCCUCCCGUGCCCCCCUCAGAGGAGGAGCUGGGGCGUGUUCCCAGCGCCUCCUGGGGAAGUGCCCCGCGGAGCGCUGACGCUCAGCAUCUGAGUGCACGGAGCCUCGCUCCGGGAUGUCUGUAGACGUGUCGUAACGCAGCGCAGCGCGCUCCACCCACCGCGGACCCGCGUGUCCUCACAGGUCCACCAGACAGGCAGCCAGGUGACCGCCACGUGGUUCUGUGUCUGUCACCGUCCACCUGUUCACCUGCUCCCAUAGCUGAGGAACCAGAAACCCGACGCUAUGCUGUGUACACGCAGUAGAUGCAGAACUGUCCAGACAAAAAUACAGUAUUUUGCAUUGUU